AUGGGUAAUUCUUCAUCAUCAGGUAGUACUGGUAAACAAGUAUGUAUUUCUCUUCGUGGUCUGUCACAUGAGGUUUGUGUAGCAGCUACACGAGCAGAAUACUGGCGACAGUUGGUACAAAAUUCAAGUAUUUCAAUUAGAGGUACUGGUAAUUAUGUACCAGUAAAGUUAGAAUCAAUGUGUAACGAUGAAGAUGAAGCAAGACUACAACUGAUAAUUAAUUCACAAGCUGAACAAGAUAAUCAACAAAUUGAUGAUAUUUAUAAUCAAAUUCGUUCUGAUUUAAAGUUAUUCGAACACAAUGAUGCACCUGUUUAUAAUUAUGCUGAUCGUAAAGUUACUGUUUUUGGUUCAUUGUUUAAUUCUCUUCCAAUGGAUAUAUUUAAUCCUGACCUACAUAUAUUAGGUCGAGAAUAUUGUAAUAUCACAAAAAUAAAAAAGUCAUUAGCGUGUUCAAUUAUUGUUGAAUCAUUAACUGGUACAAUGGUUGAUUCAUUUAUGGCAUAUAGAUAUCGUUUUAUAAUACACAAUGAGAAACGAACUACUUUGGAUUUUGCGGUUAUGCAAAUUCAAGCACUUGUACACCAAGCACAACAUAGUUAUUUUAUGAUGUAUAGUAUAAAAAUUGGACGAACGCUAGGCAUUAUAAAACAAAUGGAAACUGGAACAUCAAAUCAAGAGGAAUAUUCAUCAUCUACAGCAUAUAAACCUACUUGUAAACGAAAACGUACUGAAGAUGAAGAACAACAGCUAACAAUAAGUCAAUCAAUUUAUGAUUCUGAUCAAACUGAUGAUGAUGACGAUGAUGAAAUAAUACUCGACGACAUACGAGAACAACAACGUCAAGCAGCUCAACGUCUUCUUAAUCGUAUAUGUGCACGAAUGCAGGCUCGUGCACGAAAAGAUACAUUAGAAGAAGCUCAUGAAGAUCCAACAACAAUCAAAUCUUAUUUUCGUACGACGAGUUCAACAAAAGCAACCACGAAUGAUUCAGAAUGUGCAAUAGACUUAUUAUCUGAUGAAAAUGAACGAUUACAAAAGCAAGUUAUUGUAUUAGAACAUCAUGUACAAUUAAUUGAAGAACAAAGUUCAAUAGAAAAAGAAACCUGUCCUGAAGAAGUUGAUUGUACGAAAUCAUCUACAUUAUCUUUGGAUGUGUUACUUAGUAAUUUAAUCAAACAAACUACUGCAAUAGCAGAAAAUACGUCAACAAAUUUGUUUGAUUUAUUUCAACGUUUAACCGCGAUGGACAUCUCUGAUGUGAAACAAAGUAAACAAAAAUUAUCUGAUAUUUCUCGUUCACAAGCAGCUGAACAAGUUCAAAUGGCAUUACGUUGUGGUGUUGAACAUCUUUCUUCAUCAUUUUCUAAAGCACAGUCAACAUAUGCUACAUGA